GUAAAUUUAUGAAAAUUAGUGAAACACCUAAAGUUUCCAGUUCUAUCUUCAAAUCUAUGAAACCAGUCUCCAGUCAUGGAAUUCAUUCGUCUACACCAAUUUCCAUCAAAACCAGUACAAUUUAUGAAAAUGACUCCUCACAGAAAUUAGUUCUUAUGCCUUUAAGUAGAUCAAGUGAGAAUGAUAAAGUUUCACCUGGUUCACGAGAAGAUUAUCAAUGUGGUAAGUUAAAAUAUGCAUUAAUUUUCUUAUUCCAGUAA